GCAUCUUCCCCAGCCCUCCCCUUCACAUCGCCCCCAUCGAUUAUAUGCAUCUCAGAACAGCUUUUGCAGCCCUUCUGGGCUUGAUUGUCUCCGGAGCAAAUGCGUAUGGACUGCAUAAUUCCCCAGUGGAUCUGAUUAAUGUGGCAUACAAUGCUUCAAUAUUCAUUCUUCCCGGCGCUCAGUCCCCAGCCACGGUUUACGUUGCCAAAAAUCGGGAAACCGACAGUUCUUCUCGCUGGCUUGAAUGGUACCUGGACAUGCCCAACCGCUUCUACACUCACCGUGAAAGCAACCUGGUGCUCACCGUCGACCGCAAAACGAACCGCGUGGUGGGGACGGAUUCUGGAACGACAUUCGCACAGGAAGAUGCUGACAAUAACGACGUCCAAGUGAUCAAGCUCCCCUACGCGGACGCAGUAUGGGAUAUCAUUCACGAUGAUAAGGACGCCCACCCGGAGUAUGGAAUUCUGGUACUUCGUCCAGCGGAUGGAACUGAGACGCAACGGUGGAUAGAUCCGGUUGAUUUCGGACCGGUUGGAGAACAAGGUCGUUGAUGGUUUGAAAGUAACGGGGUUGAAGCGGAUUUCAAUUGGUUGAGCGGUCUCGAUCGCUGGGAGCAACUGUUUUUUGUUUACUGCGAUUAUUCAGCGAUGAAUAUUAGUGGGACGAUCCAGUGAAAUGGAGUAUUCAUUUCAAUCAUGCUGCCUCAGACGUCGAUACUAUUUUGAAAAUGUGUGGGAGGACGCAAAAAUCGGAUAGCUUCUGUAUCUCGGUCGCGAUGAACCAAGCAUUUUCAAUCCUACACACAUUGUAGAGACUCAACAGUACAACAGUGAGAAGGGAACAGGUUAUACGAGGGACACCGGGAAAUGUAGUACAGCAGAGGCUUGGAACGCAAAAACAUUUGCAUUAAGGGGGAAUCGAACCCCCGGCGGGUCGAAACUCGCUUACAAGUGGCAACGACC